ACAUGCGCAGUAAGGCCAGUGUCUGGCCCAUGGUCUCAGAGAGCUGAUGUGCAUGGCAGUAUUGAUUCUCAUACAGUGGUGGUAUCAUUCACUGGAGGUGGGAUAGCUUAUUCACAUCAAGAAUCUCUUCUGCAGAUUGAAGUGGUACCUUCUGCCUCUGCCCUGAUCAUCAAAGCCCUCAAGGAACCACCAAGAGACAGAAAGAAGCAGAAAAACAUUAAACACAACGGAAAUAUCACUUUUGAUGAGAUUGUCAAUAUUGCCAGACAGAUGCGGCACCGAUCUUUAGCCAGAGAACUUUCUGGAACCAUUAAAGAGAUUCUGGGCACUGCCCAGUCUGUGGGCUGCAAUGUUGAUGGCCGCCACCCACAUGACAUCAUAGAUGACAUCAACA